UGUUUCGCUUCUGACGAAAUUGAAUUCACCGCGCAACUCGAACUGCCGGAAAUUGGUCUGAAUGUCGUUAUAAUAAAGAAUUCAAUACGGCAGAGAAUUAAUAGUUUCUACAAAUAAUUAUAAUCAUCAUCCAUAGAAAGUAACAUAAUAACGAUUUUUUAUGCCAGAAAACAAACAUAUAAUAAGCAUUUUACAUUUCGCGGAUGUGAACCGGAUUACGAUAAUGUAAACAAAAAGCAGACGAGAAGUCAAGGUCUGCGCGGUAACUUUGGUUGAGAUGGUGAAACCAAAGUACAGACGCCAUGGGUUCGUCUCGAAAAAGCAGAAGGAGAGAUAUGAUAAAGUAUCUGCAGGGCAAUUGACUCGAUGGAUUAGGGGAGCUAUCCUUACAGACCACAAUUACUCCGCCAGUGCAACCCCUGUCAGCGUUGAUCACGAUCACGCAAUUGUACAUGUUGGUAUUGGUGCAACACAAGUCAACAGUCUCCUUUCUGAGCUGAAUAUACCACCUGUAAGCCAUGCCAUGCUGGACAAAAGACAGAAAGAGAUAGGCAGAGCUGUUGAAGAUAUUGCUGCAGAGUCUAUGUCUGAUGCUUUGCAGAAGGAACUGGAAAUGAUGAAUGAAGAGAUGAACGAAAAUGGACUAGUUGUUGCUGUAGAUGCUGGAUGGCAAAAACGGGGUAGCGGAAAGACAUAUGAUAGUUUAUCAGGUCAUUGUUCCAUGGUUGGUCCUCUCUCCGACAAAGUAUUGUCAUACUCUCUGAGGUCUAAGAAUUGCAGAGUAUGCAGUGUAGCUGAAUCAACCAACAAGAAUCCAGCAGCCCAUGAGUGCUCAAAGAAUUGGGAGGGUAGUUCAAAGGCCAUGGAGGCAGAUAUGGUUAUUGAGAUGGUCCAAGAUCUACAGAAAAGUAAAGGAAUAACCAUUGAUGGAAUCAUUGGAGAUGAGGACUCUACCACUAUUGCAAGACUGAAAGCUAAUGUCAAUGCUGAUAUUAAGAAGUUGUCUGAUAAAAAUCAUCUAAAGAAACUGUUUACAAACUCUUUGUUUACCUUGAAGAAAAAACAUUCAUCUCUAACUUUGUCUGUGAUAAAGUACAUUCAGAAAUGCUUCAGUUACUCCAUAGCACAGGGAAAAGGAAAUGCUUCUCAAAUCAAAGAAGACCUUUCAUCAAUUCCAUUACACAUAUUUGGAGAUCACCAACACUGCUCCUCAAGGUGGUGCAACUUCAUUAACAACCCUAACCUGAGGUACAAGUCACUUCCACAUGGAAAACCCCUGAAAGAUAGGUUCCUUCAGGAUGAUCUGAAAGAAGUCUUCAGUUCAUAUGCAAGUCAUUCUGAUCGUCUUUCAUGCUUAGGAAGCACACAGUCCAAUGAGAGUUUUCACAGAAUGGUGUCUGCAAAAGCCCCAAAGACCCAUCAUUACAGCUCUUCUUCAAGCCUCAGAUAUAGAGUUGCUGCAUGUGUAGCCCAGAAAAAUGUUGGACACAGAUAUCUUGUAAAGGUUAACAAGAAAUUGGGCCUCUCUCCUGGCUACUAUACUCGACGACAGUGCAUUCUGAGGGAUUUGCAAAGAAAGCGACAGAAGGCCAUUUCAGUGACACAGAAAUUUAAAAGGAGAAGGAGAGAAUUGAAAGCCAGGAAAAUUCAAAGUAUUUCUACAAAAGAAACAAGGGAAGGCAUCAGUUAUUUAACAGGAUGUGAUCUCCAGCAGGCCUCUGACAUCGUUGAAAUUCCAGCUCCAAAAACAAUUCCAAAGUAUGAUCAUCUCCCUUCAAGUCAGCUGUUAAAUGCUGAAGAGAUCUAUUUUGAUUUGGAAACUACUGGACUCGCAAGGGAUUCUCAUAUUGUGCAGUUGUCUGCAGUUAGAAAUGAUGAGGUUUUCAACAAAUACAUCAUUCCAGAAAAACCAAUGUCCUCAAAAGCUACAGAAAUUACUGGAAUAAAAGUAGUCAACAAUAAAAUGUACCACAAUGAUGAGGAAGUUGAGACAGUCAGCAUUAAGGAUGCACUGAUCCAGUUUAUCGACUUCAUGAAGAAAUCGGAGUCAGAUGCUGUUCUAGUUGGACACAACUCCAAAGUGUUUGACCUUCCUGUGCUGUUCAACAUUUUGAGUAAAUUAAACAUUUUGGAGGCAUUCUCAUCUGCAGUCAUUGGUUUCAUUGAUACCUUACCUCUUUUCAAAAUUUCGCAUCCAAACCUUUCAUCAUACUCACAGUUACACCUCUUCGAAGAAAUUCUACAAGACAAAUACAGUGCGCAUGACUCAUUACAGGAUGUCUUAGCCUUGAAGAGAUUGUUGGACCAUACAGGACCUUCCCCUGAAGUCAAACUUGCUGCAUCUUUCACUUCAAACUCUGCCUUUGCCAUAUUCCAUCACAAGAGCACAACAAAAAGUCUAAUGAGCACACUAAAGCCUUUAUUGGACCAAAAGGUGAUUUCGAAUGGAAUGGGAAAUAAGAUUGCCAGCAGUGGACUCUCCUUAUCACACUUACAACUGGCUUAUCGCAGAAAUGGUAGGGAGGGAGUACAGGAUGUGCUGACAGAGAUAACAGAUAACAGUGUGCGUGUGACAAAAUCUAGAAAAAUCAUUGAUUCUGUUGCAGAUUUUCUCAGAUCUGAGCAGUAACGCAGUUGUAUGAUGUUCUUUGUAUGUAACUAUGUUAUUGUUUGUUUGGUUGUUUGUUUGUUUGUUUGUUUGAUUUCUGUGAGCCAGUGCUCACUAGUAAUACCCUCACUCUGAUGUGAAUAUGGACAGACAGGAAUAAACAAAGUUAAUUGACAAUGGAUUCGUACAAAAAUGAAUCCAACCAUAUUUCAUGUCUAAAAAAUUUCAAGCAUCUGUGAUGAGUAGUUGUGGAGAAAACUGUGACAAAAAUUUAUUAUUUGUGGUACAGACAGAUGCACAGAUAAACAGGAAGUUGACAUCAGAUUCGUCUAAAACCAAUUCCAACGGUGAUGAGUAGUUGUGGAGAAAACUGUGACAAAAAUUUGUUAUUUGUGGUACAGACAGAUGCACAGAUAAACAGGAAGUUGACAUCAGAUUCGUCUAAAACCAAUUCCAACGGUGAUGAGUAGUUGUGGAGAAAACUGUGACAAAAAUUUAUUAUUUGUGGUACAGACAGAUGCACAGAUAAACAGGAAGUUGACAUCAGAUUCGUCUAAAACCAAUUCCAACUGUGAUGAGUAGUUGUGGAGAAAACUGUGACAAAAAUUUGUUAUUUGUGGUACAGACAGAUGCACAGAUAAACAGGAAGUUGACAUCAGAUUCGUCUAAAACCAAUUCCAACGGUGAUGAGUAGUUGUGGAGAAAACUGUGACAAAAAUUUAUUAUUUGUGGUACAGACAGAUGCACAGAUAAACAGGAAGUUGACAUCAGAUUCGUCUAAAACCAAUUCCAACUGUGAUGAGUAGUUGUGGAGAAAACUGUGACAAAAAUUUGUUAUUUGUGGUACAGACAGAUGCACAGAUAAACAGGAAGUUGACAUCAGAUUCGUCUAAAACCAAUUCCAACUGUGAUGAGUAGUUGUGGAGAAAACUGUGACAAAAAUUUAUUAUUUGUGGUACAGACAGAUGCACAGAUAAACAGGAAGUUGACAUCAGAUUCGUCUAAAACCAAUUCCAACUGUGAUGAGUAGUUGUGGAGAAAACUGUGACAAAAAUUUACUAUUUGUGGUACAGACAGAUGCACAGAUAAUCAGGAAUUUGACAUCAGAUUCGUCUAAAACCAAUUCCAAAUGUGAUGAGUAGUUUUGGAGAAAACUGUGACAAAAAUUUACUAUUUGUGGUACAGACAAAUGCACAGAUAAUCAGGAAGUUGACAUCAGAUUCGUCUAAAACCAAUUCCAACAUACGGCAUGGCUAAAGAAAGAGUGUGCUAAAACUUAAAGCAUCUGUGAUGAGCAAUUGAGCAUGAUGAGUGAUUGCUGAGAAAAAUUGGACAAAAAUUUGUUACUGACAGAAAGACACACAAGUGUAGAAAGAAAAACAGUAUAAACCCUGUGCUUCAGAGCAGGGGUAUAAUUAUGCCAUGAACUAUUGUUUUUUUCAAUGUUUAUUGUUAUAGGUAGUUUGUAGUUGAACAAAACAUUUUCUUUCCAUUCAAAAUAAAUCCUUAUUUAGAAAUUGACAACAAUUUAUUUUCAUUACCCAUAUUUUGAGCAUACAUGAAAAAUUAAAAGGUGUUCAUUGAUAUUUAUUGAAGAAGACUAUGUGCAUAUUAAAUUGAAACAUGCACAAAUGAAUAUGAAAAGACAUUCUGUAAAUGUUUAAUAUUGUGUAUGACCUAUACUUGGCAGUAAUCUAUUUUUCAACAAUCGGGCUAGGUUUGAUUUCUAGCAAAAUUUUUAUUGUGUACUUAUAAAUACGCAGGUCAUAAAGUUAGCGAUGUUCUUGAAAUAGCAACAGCAGUUUUCUGUC